AUGUCGUCCCAAUUUCCCGCAACCUCGAUCGGCCGCACAUCAGGCGCACGACUGCAACCAACCGUGUCUCACGAAGCCCACCCGCUUCUCUCCUCCCCCUCUUCUCCCCAAGGAUCAACAACAGAGCACGGAAACGGAAACGGCGGUAGCCCGCGUUAUGUCCCAUACACACCACGUCAACGUGCAGCACUAGCUACUACGACUGGGACGAUUGUGCAUCCCCCCUCUCCUACACACCAUCAUGGCGUUGCGACGAGUAAGUUGCAGCUGAUGAAUUUGAAGGCGGCUGCUCAGAACAUUGGGUUGGAUACGAGUACGAUUGGAUGGGCGUUGUUGGAAACGCUGGUUUCGGAGGGAGAGGGAGAAGAGUGGACGGAGAUCUGGUCGGGGAUUACUUCUGGAAAGGCGACACUCCUGCUGCCACUAGAUCAGACGUCUGCUCAUGACAAGAUCACUCCACAUUUCGUCAAAGAUCAUAUUGUCCUAGCGGACGGUCCAUUCAAGAGAGGUUCGCAGUUGGUUACUCUAUCAGGUCUACGCGGCAGCGUCGAAGAUGAUACCGUAACGUUCCGGUCGACAAUCUACCCCACAUCCAAACUAUUCCAGGACAUUAUAAGCCCAAUCACCCGGACCCAUGCCCUCUCCUCGCUCCCACCUCUUCCUACUCUACCAAACACCACAAACACGCCUUAUCCCAAAUACAUCUUACCCUCUCAUUCACCCUCUCUGCCCCUCCCACCACGCAGCCAUGCACAACCUAAACCUCCACUCCCACCUAGACCCGGAACAAGGAUCGCUUCAACUAGCAGUACAACCACAACCUCACGCAUCACCAACCCAUUUGCUUCUCUCUUCGGAAGCAACAACGUCAAAGUUCCUUCUGUCGCAGCCGCUGCUUCCGCACCACUCCCAGCAUCACCCCCCGUAUCCAUUCGCAGUCUAGAUUCUGCACAGGACGCAACGCCGGUUAUACACGAAGUACCCGCGUUCACCAUCGACCGGAAGAUCAUCCAUAAGGACAUAUCCAAAGAGAUGAAUAAGGCACUCAAGGCAGAAAUGAAAGCCGCGUUGUUGGCCGCGCCCGUCCCGGGAUGGGUAGCCGAUCGCACUAUCGAAUUUACAGUUGAUUGGUUUCCAUUCAUCACAGCGGCUACGACGGCUCCGCACCUUGACAAGAGAAAUAGCAAGGAUAAAAGCAAAGUAUACCAGGUGAACCCUGUUGAAGAGGUCUCAGAGGACGCUGCGGAGCGGUUGCAGGAUUUUUACUUUGAGUUGGAGCAGGAUAUGAGGGCGCACACUCCGUUCCGAUCUAAGCACUCAAUUCCUGCCAGCAAGGAGGUUGUUGAGAAAGAACCGGAGUCGGAUGCGGAGGAUGAGAAGGAGAGGGAGAAGAGGGAGCACGAGAAGCUGGAUAGUGAGGCGAAGAUCAGGGAUAUCAUGGAAGCUGUUGAACGGACCGUGUGUUCGCUAUUUUAUGACAGGUUAUUCAUGCAACCAAGCACGGACGAUGCGUCGCACGAUGAGACAUUGUCGAGUCGAGUGGCCGCUCUGAACAUGCUUGACCUGGGAUUGGAACACCUGGAUAUCGUGGUCGGAGAGGCAGGGCCAGAGUUGGAUUUAGUUGUCAAAGCCUGUGGCGAGAUGCUCACGCAACUAGAAGAAUGCCGCAGCCCAGGCGACAAGUCUGCAAUCCUCGUUGCAGCACACAAAGUUGUCGUAGAUGGUCUUUCGAGACUUCCACCGAUUCGAUUGAAAUCAGAAGAAGAUCCACAAACUGCGAAACCCACAAAAUCAGUUCCACGAGAGGAAAACCUAAAGAUACCAGCUGCCGAAGCAACGUCUUCCAAGGAAUCCUCCGCGGAUGGCUCUGCUAUACCCUCAUCCUCCAAAUCGGAAUCACCCUCUCCACUUCCUCUUGUUGUAGAUGUCGCAUUUUCUGCAGAAGACGAACAUAUUAUGGAGAAAACAUCAGAUGACGCUCCCAAGUCUGGAGGCAAAGGUUCAAACGCGCCUGCCAAGCAUAGACCAUCACCUCUCCCCCUCACAGGGACAGCACCCCCACCACCUCCACGCCCACUUCUCAAGUUGGAAUCGCCGGUAAAGGGACCCACGCCGGUGUCUGGCGAUGUUUUGCUACCUAUGAUCAUCUUUUCCGUGGUCAAGGCCAAUCCACCACACCUUGUGUCCAACCUCCUUUUUACGCAGAGAUUCAGGAAUCAAAGUAUCGGGGGAGAAGAAAGCUAUUGCUUGAUCAACUUGAUGGCUGUUGCCGACUUCUUGGAGAACGUCGAUUUGGCAGCUCUUGGGCUGGUGGAUGGUGAUAAGGUUAUGAGUGCGGCGGAGCUGACGCCAAUUCCCCUUACUCGAAGCCCAGUGACAACAGAGACGCCAUUAUCCUUAGCCGAAGGUCUACAGGGCAGCCUCCGCGGUCGAAUGGAGCAGCAGGUAGACGCCAUUGCCGAUUCAGCAAACAAGGUCAUAACGGGCGUCGUCGACUCCUCAUUCGGUAUCCUCCGCUCUUUCCUACCACAAAACAACGUCACUCCAAACCCAGCAGCUGCUCAGCGGCCUACUACCCCUAGCCAACAGCAGCCAGGUAGUGGGGGAAGGCCAGGGCUCGGUUUGCUGAGACGGGAAAGCGGGUUUUCUAUCGCCAGUAUCGCUGCGUCGUUGCCUAUACCGUCAAGGAAACCUACUACGGGCGCAGAGGAGGCAGGGCAGCAGUUGGUAUCUGUUUCGCAGCCGGGAUCAGUCAGGUCUCGAAGGUCUUCUUUUAGGGUUCAGGUUGAUGGGGAGGAGAGCCAGGAGGAAGAGGAUGUGGAUCCGUAUGGGCAUGACAGUGAGGGGACGGGGGACGAGGAAGAGGGUGAAGAAGCGGAUGAGGAUGGGGAUGACGGGCUUAGUGUUGGUGGUGGUGAUGCUAGGAGUAUACGAAGCUUUGAGGCGAUGAUGAGUGCAAGUAAGAGCAAGAAGAUGAAGGUCAAGCCAAAAGGGAAGAACAGUCCAGGUCGAGGGACGAGGAAAAGCUUGACAGACCGGUUAGCGAAUAUGUCGGCUCUCGCGAGUUUGAAGGGUUCCCCUCCUACAUCUCGGAGAUCAUCGCUGCUACAACCCCCGAUAUCUCAACUCCCACACACUACCCCGCCCCCGUCUCGACCGGCCUCUCCCUUUUCUUCGCGCUUGGCACCUCCGAUACAACGGUUUGUAACAUGUACCGCCGACGAACUUCGCCUGUCGGAAGUAGGCGAACUACUUCGAGAUUAUAGAAGGAUAGUAGAGGGUAUUCGUGCUAUGGGUGGGUUUGACGAAUAG